AUGGCUUCAAACGAGAUGGGACGUAGCUUUAUCCAGAUCACCCGAGCUAUGGCAGUAUCCCCCACGACCGCGGUGGAAAUCAUGAAAAAGGUGCUAACAUGCGACCUUUGCAAAGGCAUCCUGAAAGAACCAAGGUAUCUCGGAUGUCACCACACGUUUUGUACGGAGUGCCUCUUGACCCAAGCAGAAAAUUCAGAAGAAAGCUGUAAAGUCAUCUGUCCCACCUGCCUGGAGACUACCCGACUCUCUACAGGAGACGUACGAGCUAUUCUAAAUUCGAACAAGAUUGCCGGCGAGAUUGUGAAGAUCAUAAGCCCUAAGUCUCAAAGCACAUUUCGUGACAUAUAUUUCUAUUCUAGUGUUCAAAUAAAAGAAUACGAGGGCUACCAAGGUGCUGGUGUGGCAGACAUCAUGAAAUCACCCGCCCGUGAUACGCCGAGCAUGUCUAUCAAGGAAAUCUGCAACUUUGAGAAUAGCUUGGAGGAAACCAAUGAUGUAUUGCAACGUCGCCAGAGCCAAGCCGGGCAGGAGCAAAGCCAAGUCCGGAAUCAUCAAGGCAUCUCUUCGAGAACCCCGGAUGACCACGAAGGUACACCGUUGACUCAUCGGUCAACAGAGACGGCAACGACCGGAGAAAAUAACUGCUAUGAAUGCUGUAUUCUGAUAUAA